AUGAAAUGUAAGAGAUGCAAGAACUAUCAUAUUUGUAGUGUUGAAGGCUUUCAAGAAGUUGAGAUCAUGUAUGUAGGAGGGACUUGGGCUGAAAAAAGAGGUGAUUUUAUGGGUAAUGGUGUUGGAAGUGACUCACGUACGAAAUCAAUACCACUCGGUUUUGGAGGUCAAAGAUUUCAUUCCCCUUUGAACUUUAUAUCUGAACCCAAAGCAACACAUUCUUCCUAUUCGUCGGCUGCUUCUAGUAGGUGUAAAGAAGCUCAUAAUCAGUUUGAAACUAAUGCCCAGUUCCAUGUUCAGCAUUUGCUUCGUAAGCUUGGAAGUGAAUCAUGUGUUGGACAACAAGUGAUUCUUGCAGUUUCUCAAAGAAUCUCUUUACUCUCAGAAAAUUUGCUGUUUCUUGAUCCAUUUGAUUCAGCUUUUUUUGAAAUGCAUACCAGUCUCUACAUUUUGAUCCAGCUUAUUGAAUGUUUGGUAUCAGAUAACCUUAUAAGUUGGUCAAAGACAGAUGGAUUUGCUUCAGAGUUGUUAGAAGAGUGGGUGACUUCAAUCCUCCAUGCUCGGAAAGGGCUUCAGCUGUUGGAAAGCAGAUGUGGGCUUUACAUUUUAUAUAUGGAUCGAGUAAUUGGGCUAAUUGCCAAAUUAGUGGCCCAGAUUACAUCUCUUCACAACCUCAACACCAACAUUCUACAAACCUUGCUUUGCUGAAUCUCUACAUAACAUAUUAGUUUAAUGGUAAAUAUAUAUAUUUUUAUAAUAAAUAUUGACAUAUUAAGGAGUCAUGGAUCAUGUUGAAUGCUUGUGUGUAU